AGCUACUGUGCUUAUAAUCUUAUUUUGUGUAACUCAUAUCCAGAGUUACUUCUGUUUAUUUUUAAUGAAAAACUAUCGCUGUUAUCUUCUAUCAUGAGUUAACUGCGGAGUAUGUUUUUUAAAUUUUGUAUAUUUGCUCUCACCCUAAAAGAUACCAUAAGAGACUUUUUUUCCCCUUUUUUUCCCACUGCUUUCCAAGACUCCAGGAAAAACAGCUUCCAUGGCACAUCUUGUACAGGAAACUUCUAGAAUGAGUGCUGCGGAAAGUUCUAUGGAGCAUGCAGAGUGUGCUCAAUCAUCAAGAAGAACGAACUUGACAAAUUCUCUUGAACAAAAGAUAAGGUGCUUGGAAAAACAGAGAAAUGAGCUCCUGGAAGUUAACCAGCAAUGGGAUCAGCAAUUUAGAAGUAUGAAAAAGUUGUAUGAAAGAAAGAAGGAAAAGGAAAGCCUAAAUGAAGAAUUGCAUGAAUUGAAGAAAGAAAAUAAGCUUUUGAAGGAAAAAAAUGCUCUUGCAAACAAGAAGAAGGAACAUUUAGAAUGUGAAAUAAGACGCCUCAAUAAGGCUCUUCAGGAUGCCCUGAGCAUCGAGUGUUCUUCAUCUUCCGGGGAUUGUUUGUGGAAGUCUGGAGAGCGCCACCUUCAAGAGCUGAGGACAGAAAUGGAAGUUCUCAAGCAGCAGGUGCAAAUAUAUGAAGAAGACUUCAAAAAAGAAUGAUCGGAUCGAGAAAGACUUAAUCAAGAGAAAGAGGAGCUACAGCAGAUUAAUCAGACUUCCCAGUCCCAGCUGAACAGGCUCAAUUCUCAGACAAAAGCUUGUCAGAUGGAGAAAGAAAAACUGGAAAAGCAAUUAAAACAGAUGUGUUUGCCAACCUGUCACUGCGGCUUGGUUUUCCACCUGCGGGAUCCCUGGGGACCAGCAGGCCCUGCGGCUGUGCAGAAUCCACAGGAGCACCCACCAGACUGCCCGUGGUAUGCUCCGGACCGGCUUCCGCCAGACGCACAGCACAAGGCCAACGGUGAGAGCACAGCUGCACUGCUCAGUCUUUCAUGUUGACUUUCUGGUGGGAUGUUGACUCAACAUGUAUUCAUUUGUGCUCGGGCAAGACUUACUAUAAAGUCGUGUUGCCCACACAACUUUAAUUUGAUGUACCUGGGGUUAAAUUAAACUCCUAAAAACAAAGAAAAUGUGCAGCUGCAGAAAUGCAUGAAUCUCCAUUCUGGCUUCUGGUCCUGUUCCAGUCUCAGAGCCAGAAUUCCAUCUGGGGCUAGAAAUGAAAACUUUCCGCAUAUCUGUAUGUAACAGCAGCAAAGCUCUGCGAUUGUACUACAAAGGACAAGUGCUCAUCUAUUCCAGGUUUAAAUGUCACUGGCAGACAGACAGAGGCAGCCGAAGGCUCAGAACUGUGUUCCUUUCUGGCUAAAUGUCAGACUCCAUGGCAGAGCUGCUCAUGUAGGCCGGGGUUGCCCACAACAGCCACCUCGUAGUGUGCUGGGAAAAACCACAAGUCGCCUGUCAAGUACUCAUAUCUAAGAGUACUUUGUAAUCUUACUUUUCUUUAGUUUACCAUUCUCCUUCUUUUUUAUAGAAUCUGCUAUACUUUCUACCACUAUGCUUUCUAUGGUCUCACAUGGCCCCCUAGAAGGAAGCUGUAUAAACUGAGAUAUAAUCAUAAUCCCACUUUUAUUCUCAUCGCAUAUAAUCCAAAGUCCUUAAUGUCUGCCACAUGUUUGAAGUCUCAUGACACACAACUGUGACUCUGACUUGUUAAUUUCCAAAAAUUUCAAUCUAUCUAAAGAAGCUGAAGAUCUAUUCUAAUUUCAGGCCAUUUAGUUCAGAGCUGAGAUCAUAGAAUUCUAGUUUUUAAUACAGGGAGUCCAUUGUGGAGUGAAAGUAGGGAACCAGGGAUACCACAGUUCGAGUUGUGAACUUCAGAGAGCUGCUGGGUUUGUCAUGGUAGUCUAUGUGAAUGGACGCUCUCAGAGUUGUGCAGUAUACAACCUGGACAGCUGUACACAGCACUGGGAGUGUUAAAGGCCAUAGCUUAUGGUAACAUCACAGAGAAGAAAUAUAAAAUGUGAGAACUCUAUAAUAAAAUGUCCAGGUAGGUAUUUAUCAGAAAACUAUAGGACUUACUGUUUUUCUUUGCUUUCUACUACAGAUAUAACUAGUGGUUUUAAUGAAGUUCUUGGGCUCCAGCUGUAAUGGAGAGCUUUCGUUAGAAAGGUGUAUUUUCCAGAAUGGUUGUUGCAUAACAUCUGUGCUUUUGAAAUCCAUUGCUGUAUAAUAGCUGAGUUGCUACCCAAUUAUAAUUUUCAUUUUAUAUUGGUCUGGAAUGAAUAUUAAAGAUAUUUUCUCCUUGA